GAAAAUGAAGAAUGAUCCCCGGAACUUGACCGGACCGUUCGGUGCCGUCUGCAUCUGAUGCGGUGUUUGACAGCCUAGAAACAGGGAAGGAAACAUCCGGCCCGCACUCCUCUCCUAUCUAAUGAAUCGAAAACUGCGGAGUGUCCGCGGUGUCUUGGACGCAUUUUGGCCACAUGCCCUGUCGAGCCUAUUCCAAGGCUGGAGAAUUCUCGCUGCUUCUAGCACGAGGAAUUCAGAACGGAUUAUUCCCAAUAGCUGUGCCUGGUUGACCACAGGCUAGCUAAUUGUGGUCCGUCUAGAACACCGACCCUAAUCCGCUGCCAGCGCAACGAAUGCUAUGCAGGAUUUACAACAGAGAUAGUGUUAAACUUGG